CGCCUGCUCCAUGUUUGAAAUAGUCUUAAAAUGUACUAGUUGCAUCCCAUGGUGUGGGGCAGGUUCGGUGCUGUUAACUGACUGUUAUGGGGCUUUCGCUUCUCAUCACUUUGAAAAGGAAAAAAGCUCCACUUCUGCUUCUUGGGGCUUCUUUUGGUGCAACUCCCCAGGGUACCCGAGCUGUGUUUGCUGCAGCCGUGCUCACAAUCGCUGGUGGAAAUCAGCUUGCAAAUACAUUUUUAGUAGUUUCACAGGCUCUUCUCUGUGUGUGGUUUUAUCUGGGUAGAUUAACCAGGGCCCAGGCGCUGGCAGCAGCGCUCCAUUUUACACUGCAUUUAAUCUUGUUCUCAUCAAACCCAGCUAAGAAAACUUGUGCCUUCUGUAGGAGUCACAAACGCGUUGUGUUUGUCACGCCCGUGCUGGUGUCGCGACGGGGAGUCGUCCCCUCCUGGGGCUGUGGGUGUCACACGCUCUCGUCUUCAAAGCCGCCUUGGUUUGUGGGGCGGCACGUUACAAAAUGCCGUCUGCCGAAUCUCCUGCCCCACAGAAGAACCCAUGGCCAGCAGAUCAAUGCCUUUAUUGGCAUGAAAUGCAGGUGUACCCAUCAGAAGGUCUGUUGGACGCUUUCCCUUGCAGACAGCCCCGUCCUGCCCGAGUGGCUUCAGGUGCUGUGUUCUCAUCUCAAAUUGGUAAUUCUGAGAUAAUCUACGUGUCCCCAGAGCAGCUUUUCCCGGGGGCUGCUGAGCCCAAGAGAGCUGCACCGGGAAUUCGUACACGUCAAAAACCCAGGAGCAGCCCCGUACCCCCUGCACGAAAGUAGGUCAGAAGAAUUUCUCUAUAUUAAUAGAGAAGUCUCUCCAUUCUUCAAUCUUAAAAAUUCAGGGGUGGAAAAUCCACCCGCUGUGGGAUGAGCUGCCCCGUGUGCUCCUGCCUCUGUGCUCUGAAAGCUCAGUUUGAUUCCAACAUAACGCCGUCUCGCAGCUGUCACACCCCAUCAGAGCUCUGUCUGCUGGACCCCCGCGCUGCUCAGUUCUGCCCCGAACAGCCACCUCUGCACCCCACGAUCCCAUCAUGCUAAUGAGCUGAACGAGUUCAGCGAGGACCAGCUAAAGCAACAGCCCAUGUUGCAGGUAGUCUGUGUAAUUAAUGUGUGCGCAGACAGAAAAGCAGUUGUUGUCUAAUUAAAACAUCUUUGGAGAGGAAACAGCCUUCCCUUCCCAACUCUGAUCUCAGCCAGUCUGUCCAGCCCGGUUAGUCCCCACAACCUCUCUGUCUCACUUUACAUGUUGAAAUACUUGCUCUCCGGGGGUUCAGACUUCAAUCAGGGAAGUUUCCAAAGCUGUGGGAAGUUCUCGGAUAAAAAGGCGCGACAAGUGGGCACAGACUUGCUGGUUAUUGGGGAAAGAUGCGCCAAAGCCACUGCAUUGGGGUGCAGGGGAGUGAGCCCGGUGCUCCGAUGGGCACAGACCACCCGCUCGCCCCGGGGCUGCUGUAGCACCCGAGGCUCAGCCGGGCAGGGCAGCUCCUCGCCAGAGCCCAGCUCAUCUUUGUCACCCGGACUAAGAGAUGUGAGCAGAGCUCAGUCCCGCAGUGGUGUUGGACACAUCUCCCCCAUGGCUGGGGGUGGGGGGCUGGCACAGAGCCCCCUCCUCCCCACCGGCGCUGCCCUGGCCCUGCUCGGCCUCCUGGUCUACCUGGGUGCCCUGUGUGCUGCCUGCAGACGCAAGGGCAGGAGGAAGAAGGUCCCUCCGGAUGGGGUGAAGCUGGUGGACGAGUCCCUGCUCAGGCAGACGCAACUGCGCUCGCUCAGCAAGUCGGACACAAAGCUGCAUGAGCUGUACCGGGUGAAGGGCAGGAACGGUGCCCAGCGGCCGGCCAGCCUGGAUUUCCUCUGUCCCACGGCCCCCCCGGCCACCGGCUCCCUGCACAGCUCUGGCGUCAGCGUCCUCCUGCACCGCGAGCUGCCCCAGAUCCCCAUCCCCGAGUCCCCAGUUACCUCCCCGGCCCCUGACCAGACUUACUCCAACCUGCUCUUCACUCCGCUGAGGAAGCUGGUGCCUGACACCGUGUACGAGUGCCUGGCAGUCGGGGGGGAGGAUGCCCCGGUGCCCCCCAUGCCCACUGGCACCCAGGGAUCCUGUCCACGUGCCGGGCGUGGGGCGGCCGAUUACGCCUGUGUCCACAAGGUGAAGAAGACGGUGCCUGCAGAGGAGCAGGAUGGGGCCGUGGCAGGAGCCCCUGCAGCCCCUCAGUGCUGGGGCGGCACAGGCGAUAGCCCCCAGGCAAAGCUGGAAGACAUGUACUCGACAGUGUGCAAAGCCACCAAGAAGAAAACCCAGGUCCCCCCGUCAUCCCCGAGGGCUGCGAGGGAGGUGGGGGCUGGGUGGCCACCCCCGCAGCGGGAGGAGGGUGCUUCGGGUGGGUGCUGGUCCCCAGCAGCCCCCCCAGACCCCUGCUACGAGUCCAUCAGCGAUAGAGCCUGGACUGCUCAGGGCCGCGGCCCUGACCCGGACUAUGAGACUGUGGACGUUAACUGGAAAAAGGCGGUGAAACGGGACAAGCCCAGGAAGUCCUGCACCCCCGAGAACCUGUACGAGAGUGUGGGUGACGUUUGGGCGGGGGAGUCCCGGCGAGCGUCCACCAGGACAGCAGCCAAUGGGCUGGAGGUUUAUAUCACCAACCUAUAGCAUCCCCUGGAGCGGGGUCUGUGUCCCAGGGGAUCCCAUUUAAGUUUGUAUCGCCAAACCACAGCAUCCCCUGGAGUGGGGUCUGUGCCCUGGGGUGGUCCCACCCCACUGGCUUUCCCAGGGGUUGAGCCCCUGGGGCCAGGCACACAUGAGCCCAGCGCCUGUUGGGGUGGCUGUGGUGCUGUAAGUGCUUUUUGUAUAUAUUUUAUGUUACUUUUC